UGCGCUUCCUCGUUUUCUUCCGGGCCAACUUGAACCUCUGCAGCUCCCGUAGGCCGUGAGUCAGAAGGGCCGGUCAACAUGGAAGUGAAUCCCCCGAAACAGGAGCACCUGCUGGCGCUGAAAGGUCCUGAUUCCCCCUGAUUUGGCAAGAAAAUAUUGUAAUAAUAAAUUACAUUCUAGUUCUGAGGAGUUCAGCUGAGAAAUUUUCAUUCAGAGUAACAAGAUUACCGCAGAAUGACUACAGAAAUAAUAUUACAUUAUCGACCAUGUGAGAAUGAUCCCACACAACUGUCAAAAAUUGCAGAAAAGGUAAUUCAAGACUUCCCUACUCGUCCACAAUCCAGAUUUAUUCCUUGGUUUCCGUAUGAUGGGUCCCGACUUCCUGUCAAACCUAAGAGGUCACCACCUGCGAUUUCCAGAGAGGCCGUGGAAGAUGUGAAACGAUCCUUGACCAUUUUCGAACAGGAGGUGAACUCGCCGAGUUAUGACUGCACGGUAGGUCUGUUGGAGUUUCAGCCUCGUCUGACAAGGCGGCCGUCGAUGCUGUGGCGCUCGCUGGAUGUGCAGGCUCCCCCUGGACAGCUGCAGGAGCCGUCAGAGCAAGGACAGCAGCGCAAGAGGAGAGCCUGGAGUGUCUCACUUCCCAGCAGCCAGUGUCCUGGAGAGAUUUUACCUUUGUCCAAAAAAUUGCAAGACACCUUGAAGACACUAAGUUUACAUUCGCUUUAUAGAGCGAGAUGGACAAUAGAACACACUAUUUGUAACCACCAGACUCUGGAAGAUAUUUGGGCAAAACUCAAUCGAAUUAUCAGGCACAAUGAGCUUCCAUCUUGUAAUGCUACAAUUCAGAGACAUUUAAGCCAAAUAUGGGUGUUCUGUGAUAUUAUCUACUGUGAAUAUGUGGGAAAUCUUCUUAAAAAAAGAUUAGCUCUUACUGGAAAAAUUAAUUUGUUUGUGCAUAAGUAUGGUGUUAUUUUUAGUAUGUAAUGAAUCCCACUGAUGAUCCCACAUGGGAAUGUUCUGGAUGACCUGAGUAUGAAAUGAAAUUGUUGAAUAAACUUUUUGUGGCUUUUAAA